AUGAAUAAGAAUUCAACGCCAUUAUUGAUAUUUAUCGUACUUGUAAUUGAACUUCUUGCAUUCACUUCCAUUUUACCACUUUUUCCAACUCUAAUUGAUUAUUAUGGAUCAAAUCAACGAAGGGAUCAGCUUUAUGAUGGUGUCGAAAUGUUCUGUCAAUUUUUUCAAAAUGCCAUCGGUAUACCAUCUUCAAGACGUCUUCAUUUCGUCUUCUUUGGUGGUAUAUUGGGAUCACUUUAUUGCUUACUUCAAUUUCUUUCCUCACCUUUACUCGGUGCUCUAUCCGAUGUUUAUGGGCGCAAGCCUAUUCUACUUAUUUCCAUCACUGGAACAUUAUUUUCCUAUGUGAUAUGGGCCAGUACAAGCAAGUUCAGUUUCUUCGUAUUAUCACGAGUAGUUGGUGGUUUAAGUAAAGCUAGCGUUUCAAUAUUCAUUGCUGUUAUGGCUGAUAUUUAUUCGUCGAACAAAAUUAACCGUGGCAUGGCUAUUAUUGGUGUAGCAUUUUCGGUAGGCUUUUUAGUUGGUCCUAUGGUUGGCGUAUAUUUUUCACGUAUUGCUGCUGAUGCUGGCACUGAAUUUUCCGUUAAUGCGAUUGCUAAAUUUGCUAUUUUAUUAUCGAUCAUCGAACUUGCAUUUGUUGCUUUAAUCAUACCUGAAACUCUUCAUAUCUCACAAAGGAAAACAUUAAUUAGUGAAGUAUUCAAAAACUGUUUAUUAUAUAUCAAACCAGGUGCACUUUUCAAAUUUGCUGCUAUUGGCAGCCAUCCUGGGGUGAAAAUAAUGCGUUCCUAUGGACGAGUAUAUUUCAUUUAUAUGUUUUUAUAUUCGGGCCUCGAAUUUACACUGUCAUUUUUAACACAUAUACGUUUUAACUAUGACAGCAUGCAACAAGGCAAAAUGUACUUAUAUAUUGGUGUACUGAUGAUUAUAGUACAAGGAGUGAUUCGUCGAAUUCCGAACACUAAACAACAUAGAACAGCCAUGUACGGUAUUUCAUUUACCAUACCGGCAUAUAUUAUUAUCGGAUAUAGCAGUAAUGUAGAAGGAUUUUAUGCUGGUUUAGCGCUUUAUGCAAUCGCAUCAGGUUUGGUAGUUCCAUGUAUGACAUCGUGCAUAUCAAAUCAGGCAACAGAUGAUGUCAAAGGUGUUACAAUUGGAGUAUUUCGUUGUUUAGGUGCUUUAGCUCGAGCUAUUGGCCCACUUUUUGCAUCAACAGUAUUCUGGCUUCUUGGUCCAACAGUAUGCUAUAUCACUGGAGGAAUUUUACUGAUCAUACCGGUAAUUAUGCUACGAUAUUUUUCACCGGCGAUAGUUGCGAUAAAAGAAGAGUAA